GUAAAUGUUCGGUGGCUCCCAGGCUGAAGGGCGGGCGCUUCAACGCUGAAGAUAGGUUUAGCCUUCUCGUUGAUUCGGCCGAUCGGGCGUAACACGGGUCACUGUAGAAGGAGUAACUGUGCUGUCAGCUCUAUGAGACAGAAGAGAGGCUCUUCGUCUUCCACCUCUCCAUGCGCCUCCCUUCGAGAUGCAUACCACAAUUGCUUCAACAGGUGGUACGCUGAGAAAUUCAUGAAGGGUCAGUGGGACAAAGAGGAAUGUCUUUCGGAGUGGGAAAAGUACAGAGCUUGCCUUUCUCGACAUUUGGAAGAUAAACAUCUGAGUCGCUUCUUAGAAGCUGAGGGCGUUGUCAGUUCCACAGCUCAGGACGAUUUGGGAGAAGGUGCUGCAUCUGGUGCAUCUCAAUAACGUGAGUCGAGGAUUGGAGGUGGGACGUGAAGUGUGAAUGAUGUAUUUUAUAUUCCCGCUGCCCCUCUAUUAGGUCUUUGUUUGGAAUACUGCAAUUCCAGGAGAUUUUGUCUUUGAUGAUUUUAAACCAUGGUCUACUUCAGAGGAAAAGGAAAUGAUGAUGGUGGAUUCACAACGAAGUUGUAUGAAAGUUUGGAUUAUGGAUGGGAAAAAAAUAUGCUUCGAAGUUUUUAGAAUCAUACAAGUCUUUCCCUCUUUCUGUUUCAUUUUUGGAUGAAUAUUAGAAUAUUAUGUCAAAA